CACUUUCGCCGCCCCGGGAAAAACAAGGGACGCACAAAUCCAAUCCUCUUUCAUCGCCUCCCUAGCCUCGUGCCCUAAUCCCUUCGAUUCCGCUCCCUCUCCUCGUCCAUCCGCCCGUCCCUCGCUGCUCGAUUCGGCCGCGUCGUUCGAUUCCAGCACGCUCCUUCGUUUCCCUGCUUUAGCGCCGAUUGAUUUGUUGGCUGUUUCUCUGAUGAGAUUCCUCGGUCCGUUGAGCUGAUCUGGCCUCCGAGGGUGCCGGAGCGAACCGGAUGUGCUGAUCGAGGGCUGCUCCGGGUGCUCCGCCGAUGGCAGAGUGCGCGGCGGCCGCCGCAUCGUGCAUCAUGCUGCAUUCGCGCGGAGGCGGCGUCAAGGGAGGCGGCUUCGGCCGGAAGUCGUGUUUUAGGAGGCAUGGCUAUAUGAGCAGUGAUAUUAUCCAUAUUCCGAGAGGUGGAAUUCGUAGACUCGGUACCGGCAGUGCAAAAAGAAGGCUAGAUUAUCUGCAGAAGGCAUCGUCUGUUGGCUGUCGUUGCGUAGCUUCUCUUGUGGACUUCGAUGGUGCGACAGCGUUGGAGUUCACAACUAUGGUUGAUCAGGCACUUUUAAUGGCGAGUAUCCUUCUUACAUACAUGGCUGGAGUUGUUCCCAUUGGGAAGCCUAGAUUUUGUCCUAGAAGGUUCAUUUCUGUCGAUGACGCCGUCAAUGAAGGCUCAACCCUGUCUGGUAGUGAUGUAAAGGUUGAUGACCACUUUCGAGAGUGCGCUUGGGAUGUAAUAAAAGGAAAGCUAGUGGAAUCUCUAGAAGCCAUUGACCAUGCCAGGGUUUCAGAAGAUAAAUUUCAAGAGUUGGAAAAGCUUCAUGCAAAAAAAUCUUUAAGUUUGAAUGCUAUCGCUGGGGGUCCCAGACUACGGUUGGUUUGGGCUGUUCUUACGCAUCUUGAGAAAGAGGUGGACAGCAUCCCAGGAAGUUUUGAAAAUGGGACUGUGGAAGAUUGGUUGGUUCUGUUUUCUGGAAUCAUACAGAGUUCCUCUCGCCCCGUGUGUGUGGCUUGGCUAGACAAUGAACUUUCUGAAAGAAGCAGCGAUGUUAAAGAGGCACUAGUUACUUUGAUUCUCGAGAAAUUAGAAGGAGACAGCACCGUACUUCAGAAGAUCAGGAGAUCGGGCAAGGAGGAUCUUUUUGCAGAAUUACUCUGCUUUUUAAAGUUUGGUUCUCUCAGGAAGGAUUGCUAUUACAACAGUUGCUUGUUUGUCUCACAGGGGAUUUCCAUUUUAGAAGAUCUGGUGAUUGCUAUAGCAGAUGGCAUUGCAAGUAUCUAUUUGGAGCUCAUCUCUGUAGAUGGAAAUUUGUCAAAUGAGUUGAAUAAUUUGGACUUGGCUCUGUGCUCUUUGUCAACCCGAGCUCUUCAAAGAUUACGUAAUGAGGUGGCUUUGAACCUGUGGUUGCAUCAAAACAUAGAGGCAGUAGUUUCAAUGUAUGAGGAUCGCUUUGACCUCUGUAUACUCCAGAGUCAGCCUGUUGAGGAACCAAGCAAAAGCAUCUCAGAAAAUCUUGGUUGGUGGGACAAAUAUUUUGGGAAGAACUCUGGAACAAGGAUAUCUCCUCUUCAUCAUGUCGUCAUUGGCCAUUUUUCAAUGCCUGUGAAACGAACUAAAGAACUAAGGGCCCUAACAGGAUGGAGGUACUACUUCAGUCUUUUUCUUGAAUUAUCAGACAUAAUUAUGCCGGUUAUCAGAACCCUCUUUAAGAAAGUCAGUGACGCUGUAUCCUUCUUCCUUGUUUGCUUGAUCGGGAGAUCGCUGGGACUCAUCUACACUGGAAUUAGGCAGUCCCUUAGGUGGAAGUGAGGCAUCGUUUUGACAGUUUUGUUUUGCAAUUUUCCUCAUCUAACAUUCUUUCCUUUAGGUGGUAUUAUUGGUUCUGCUCCGAAGUUAAGAACGAUCACUGAUGUGGGCUUCUUUCACACUCCACAGAUUUUUUUGUCGCUCGGGACCAUUUAAGGCCAUUCUGAUACACUUCGAAAGUCUUUAAUUGUGCCCGCCAUAUAAUUGAAAUCUCUCUUUCUCCCCCUUCUUUUGGUGGACUGGUAAUGAAAACAUCAAGGAUGCCGAGAUCCUUUUUAUAAA